UGUGAGCUGUGGGAGGAGUGACUGCACGUGAGGAAGGACCCGGCUGCCCUCCGCUGCCGGCUCUGGCUCCAGCGAUGCGCCUGCUCCCUUUGUAGGACCGGCUUUGGGUGAACAUCCCCGCGCGCCCGGGCUGGGGCUGGGAGCGGUUCUCUGCGUGGCGCCUGGACUGCACGCGCCUCCCGGGGAACGAGCCUCUGUCCGCGUCAGCAGGCGCCCACGUCCCUCUCGCCCUCCGCCAUCCUCCCCCACCUCGUCUUUGUGCUGCUUGUGUGUCUGCGCCUCCUGCGGAGACCGCGCCUCCGGUGGCAGGAACCCGACUGGGAGAAGGGGCCGCGCCCGCCAUGGAUCUGUACGGGAAGAUGGCCGCCGCCCAGGACGCCCGGUCUGGCCAGAAAGACUCCUCCGACCAGAACUUUGAUUACAUGUUCAAGCUGCUCAUCAUCGGCAACAGCAGCGUGGGCAAGACCUCCUUCCUGUUCCGCUACGCGGACGACUCCUUCACGUCCGCCUUCGUCAGCACCGUGGGCAUCGACUUCAAAGUGAAGACUGUGUUCAAGAACGAGAAGAGAAUCAAGCUUCAGAUCUGGGACACAGCGGGCCAGGAGCGGUACCGGACCAUCACCACGGCCUACUACCGCGGGGCCAUGGGCUUCAUCCUGAUGUACGACAUCACCAACGGGGAGUCCUUCAACGCCGUGCAGGACUGGUCAACUCAGAUCAAAACCUACUCUUGGGAUAACGCCCAGGUGAUCCUGGUGGGGAACAAGUGUGACAUGGAGGACGAGCGUGUCGUCUCGGUGGAGAGGGGCCGGCGUUUGGGGGAACAGCUUGCAAAGGACAUCACGACACCUCGAGCAGUGAGGACUCAUUCACUCAGAAGGAGAAGAGCGGUGUCUAGACGGCGUGGUCAUCGGCACCUCCUGCAAGGCCUCCACUCCUUCCUCGGCCGGGCCAUCGCCCGUGAGGACCUUCCAGUCGUGUCCAAUGGCUCUGGGCGCCCACUGGGAUGUGCGCCUGGCUCACCUGGGAUAGCCGGAAACGUGUACUCAGCUCUCAAACCCACUGAGGAAGUUGGUGGUUAGUGAUGGCCCUGUAACAAAUUAAGGAAAAAUGAAAGCAGGUAGCCAACAUUAGAAUCCUAAUUAAGAGUGUGUUUUAAUGUUUAGUCAGUCAUUGCACAGCUGCUGAGUCUCAUGUGCCCAGCACUCAGCUUAGUGACUGAAGGGGGAGGGUGGGUGGGGGGGGCAGGAUGUGUCUAAAUGUGAAGUUAGGGCAGGAGUGGGAGCACAGGGCGUGGGGCCUGCCAUUGAAGACGUCAGAUGUGACCCCGGAGAGAAUCUGACCUGAGGAGAUUGUGCCCAACACACAGCAGGAUGGGGACAGAUGUUCUUCGUGAACAGAAAGACGACAGCCGGCAGCUGGAAGCCAUUGUUCUCGCAGCCAAACGGGCCUCUGAAGCCCAUCCACCCCCGCCCCCGCCACCCCCGUUUGCCUAUUUCUGCCUCACGAGCAAGACAGGCUGCAGCACCGUCGCUGUCUGUGCUGCGCAGCCCCAGACAUGGCCACGGAACACGCAUUGUUCUGAAGACAUGGCCACGGAACACGCAUUGUUCUGAUGACAUGGCCACGGAACACGCAUUGUUCUGAAGACAUGGCCACGGAACACUCAUUGUUCUGAAGACAUGGCCACGGAACACGCAUUGUUCUGAAGACAUGGCCACGGAACACGCAUUGUUCUGAAGACAUGGCCACGGAACACGCAUUGUUCUGAAGACAUGGCCACGGAACACGCAUUGUUCUGAAGACACGUUAGAAACAUUGACAUCGUUCCCAGGCGCCAAACACAAGGGUUCCCUUCACUGUCCCCCGCAGACAGCGCCAUGGUGCCCGGAGGUGUGCCUGUGCUCCCUGUGCCACACACAGAGUGUUGGGGUGCACAGACGAACCCCCUCUGUGAUGGCACCGGCUCCUUGGGGCGCUGUGGAGCGUGUCCUGAGCAAAUAUUAGCAACAGCUCCAUGCUUUCCCCCAGUGGGUGCAGCGUUUGGUUGAAAACUGCUACUCGGCACACAGCCCCCACCUGUCCACAGGGGCUCCUGUCUGGUUCAAAGCUAUAAAGUGUAUUCACAUUGUGAAGUUUCAGUUCUCUCUACUGAAAUUAAUUGUGUAAAAAUGGUAUGUGCUCUAUUAGGUAUUAAACUUGUAUGUGAAUUCUGUAUAGAAAGUGGUUUUGGUUCUUUGGAUUUAUCUUGUUUUAAUUUUUGGAGAUUACAAUAAAUAUCUUAAGAGAUUAUAUUCCUGAA